GAGCACUAGAUCACACCCUAAGCCUAAAGGUACGUUUGCGUCUUUCUUAUCAACGCUGAUGGCCGCACACGCACGCAUGGUCCACGUUUCCGCACCAGGAGGCCAGCAGCUAAACACGCCACCUCCAUCUCCAUGGCACCACCCACAGCAGUUCUUAUCCUACGCUUCACUGGCCGCUUAAAAUGCGCACCUGGCCAUGUCUCUCCUCUUCUCUUCGCCAACCUCUCCACUCCCUGCCCCUCCCGCCCGACACCUCCCUUCACUCCUCUUCCCCCAUUUCCUCAUUCCUCUUCAGCUUCAAACCCAAGCGCUUCCACUUCCUCAAGCCAUGUUCUUCCCUCAAACAAUCCCAGAAACAGAGGACCUUCCAGAGGAAACGAAGUCUGCGGUGGUUCUUGAGCCCGAAGAAGGACGAUGGCGGCGCCGACGACACGAGCGGAGGAGAUGAUGCUGGUGGCCGGUUGGAGGCUGGCACUGCAGUUAAGGGUACCCUUGUGGCUGGCCUGUUGCUUGUGGGUGUUGUUGGCGGGUUCGCCACUGUGGGCUAUGUCUACAGGGACCAGAUCAAUGCCUUUUUGACGCAGUUUUCGGGCUUCAUCGAUGGUUAUGGACCAGCUGGAUAUGCUUUAUUUGUGGUGGUUUAUGCUGGAUUGGAAAUCCUUGCAAUUCCAGCCAUUCCGCUUACCAUGUCAGCUGGUCUUCUUUUUGGCUCUAUUACUGGCACUGUCAUUGUCUCUAUCAGUGGAACUGUGGCUGCAAGUGUUGCAUUUCUAAUUGCCAGAUAUUUUGCUCGCGAACGUAUUCUUAAAUUAGUUGAAGGAAACAAGAAAUUUCUUGCAAUUGACAAAGCAAUUGGGGAAAAUGGUUUCAGAGUUGUUACCCUCCUACGUUUGAGUCCCUUGCUUCCCUUUUCACUAGGGAAUUAUUUGUAUGGUUUGACAUCUGUGAAGUUCGUCCCAUAUGUGUUGGGAAGCUCCAACUGGGGAGUGACAAGAGAGUUUAGGGUUCAGCAUUACUGCGAUAUUUUAUUGCUAUGUUGUUGGUUGGGGAUGCUUCCAGGUACAUGGGCUUAUGUGAGUGCUGGUGCUUUUGGGCGAGCAAUUAUUCAAGAAGAGUCUGAGUUUGGUUUACCUGGAGGAGAUGGUCAGUUGUGGACGCUUGGGCUGGGCUUGUUGGCUACAGCAGCUGCUGCAGCUUACGUUACCCGACUUGCUAAGGACGCUGUGAAAGAUAUAGAGUAGGCUGGCUGUGGCCUGUGGCUUUUCCCCAUGUAGUAGCAUAUGAGAAUGCACUCACUGUUGAAAAAUGGACAUGGCGAUUCCCCAUCACGUAAAUUGAAAGGCAUCAUUGAAUCAUAUUAGAUGCUUAUUGUAUAUUUUUCUGUUAUGUACUGUUUGCAAUUUGCUUGAUAAAUUAAUAAUAUUGUUGUGAUUCUUCUUCUU